UGCUUCAUCAACAAGUAUCGUGUGUGUGUCUGUUUGAUUCCUCACAAAAAAAUUUACUAGAAAAAAUAAAUCCGAAAUAAUGUUCGACAUUUUUCGCUCAUUAAAAACGCUGCUCAAAACAAGCCGCAUUCGUAUUGAUAAUACAAUAUUCCAAUUACAUUAUUCAAUAACAGUCAUUAUUCUGUUAUCAUUUUGUAUAAUAAUAUCAACUAAACAAUAUGUUGGUGAUCCAAUCGAUUGUGUUCGAAGUGAUUCUGUUUCACAAUCAGUUAUCAAUACUUAUUGUUGGAUACAUACAACAUAUACUUUACCAAAAAGUUAUUAUAAAAAAGUUGGUAUCGAAGUACCAUAUCCGGGUGUGGAUUGGGAAUCAAAUCAAAAUGAAUUCCGUUAUCAUCGUUAUUAUCAAUGGGUUGGAUUUGUAUUAUUUUUCCAGGCAACAUUAUUCUACAUUCCACGUUGGUUAUGGAAAAUGUGGGAAAAUGGCAAAAUUCAAUCAUUAAUGAUGGAUUUGGAUGUUGGCGUUUGUUCGGAUCAUGAAAAGAAACAAAAGAAAAAAUUAUUAGUUGAUUAUCUUUAUAGUAGCCGUGGUCAUCAUAAUUGGUAUGCAGGAAGAUAUUUUUUCUGCGAAUUACUAGCAUUAUUGAAUAUUAUAUUUCAAAUAUAUGCUUUGGAUAAAUUUUUUGACGGAGAAUUCUUAACAUACGGUACUGAAGUCAUACAAUUUUCACAAAUGGAUCAAGAAGAAAGAAUCGAUCCAAUGAUCAGAAUAUUUCCUCGAGUAACAAAAUGUCGUUUUUAUAAAUAUGGUCCAUCAGCAAAUAUUGAAACAAUCGAUGCAUUAUGUUUGUUACCAUUGAAUAUUGUCAAUGAAAAAAUCUAUAUAUUUAUUUGGUUUUGGUUUCUAAUAUUGGGUGCCAUGACGGCUGCAUUAAUAUUAUUUCGUAUGAUUAUUAUUGCCUGUCCACCUGUACGUGUUUAUUUAUUAAGUUUACGAUUUAAACUUGGUUCAUUGGAUCACCUGCAUACAAUUGUACGACGAAUGUCUGUUGGUGAUUGGUUUCUAGUCUAUAUGCUUGGCCAAAAUAUCGACAGUGUUAUCUAUCAAGAAUUGAUACAAGAAUUGGCAACAAAAACCGAUAAUGAUGGAAAAAAAGAUAUUAUCUAAAACAUCAUCAUCAAUUUCUUUAUUUGUAUUAUAUAAUUUUGCACAAACACGUUUUUUUUGUAUAUUGUCAUUUUCAUAAAAUCAA